AAGAGACAUUUAAAGCCUGAGCACGGGCCGACGCUCAAGCGAGACUCACCUUAGCAACUACAGUGCACUCUGGACUAAAACUUUAUUUCUUCCACAUUUGGCGGACACUUUUUUUAUACAGCGUUCAUUCUCUUGUGUUUCUACCUCCGUCAAUUUUAGCUUUAACUGUCAAUGUUGCAGUCCUAUUCCGAAUUCCGGAUCCAUAAACUUUCUUAAAAUAUUGGAAAGGAAACGAAAUUGAAACGGAAUGUGCGAACAAUCUACUCAAAAUGAAAUUAACCAAAGUUAUUGUUUCAAAUGGAAUGAUUACCAAAAUCAUUUGUCAGAUGUAGUUCGUCAACUUUUGGAAGAUGAUUGUAUGGUAGAUGUUACACUUUCUGCAGCAGGAGAACGUAUUCAUGCGCACCGUAUUGUUCUAUCUGCUUGCAGUACAUUAUUUCAAGAAGUUUUGAGUCAAGUAAACGAAGACCAUCCUACGAUAAUAUUAAGCGAUAUAUCUGCUCAGGAUAUAAAAUCAAUUAUUGAAUUUACCUAUCAUGGAGAAGUACGUAUUCCAGUAGAGAAUAUUAAUAGUUUGUUGGAUGCAGCACGAUUUUUAAGAAUAUGUGGUCUUAAUGAGAUUGAUGAUCUUGAUGAAAAUGAUACUGUUAUUGAUAGCAAAGAUGUGACUGAAGAUAAUAUUGAUCAUAUACCAGAAAUAAAUGAAACAGAUGAAAUUGAGAUAAAUACAUUAAAUAAUAAAUGUGAAUUAGGAAAUUUAAAAACUGAGAAUAAGACAACAGAAAACUCUCUCUUAAAUAAAAGAAGAAAAAGAAAAAGAGAUGUGAUGAAAAGAGAAUACAGCGACGAUAUGUUAGCAUCGGCUAUUAAUGAUUUAAGGCUUGGUCAAACUUUAAUAGAAGCAGCUACCAAACAUAACAUACCUCGUUCUACAUUAUACAUGCGUGCUAAAGGAUUGGGUAUACAUUUAAAUGCAUCUAGGAAUGAAUAUCCUGCCGAAUGUAUGCAAGCGGCAAUAGAUACUGUAAUCGCUGGUACUAGUCUACAACAAGCAUCAGAAAUAUUCAGUAUUCCUAAAACUGUAUUAUGGAGACGCAUACAAAAACAAGGUUAUCAAAUUUUACGUUCUGAAAUGAAAAGAUCUUAUGGAUCAGAUAAACGUGAAGCAGCUGUUAAGGCUUUAGAAAGAGGAGAAAAUUUAACUAAAGUUGCUCUUGAAUUUCAGAUACCUAAGACAACAUUAUUUAGAGAUAAAGCGAGAUUAGUAGACGAAGGAAAAUUGCCACUUUCAUUUUGGAAAAAACGUAAGACAGAAAAUGAGGAAUUAAAAAAGUCGAGAUUAGAAGAAGCGGUAGCUGCUUGUAAAGGAGGAAAAAUGUCUCAAGCGGCAGCAUCCAUGGCUUAUGAUAUACCAAAGACUACGAUAUGGAGACGUUUGCAACAAGAUAGUAAAAAGUCGGAAAGAUUAACAAAUAAAAAAAAAUCACAGAGGAGUAUUGAGACAACAUCGAGCAUAGUUGAUAAACCAAAGCAAGAAGCAUCCGAUUAUACGUAUUGCGAGGUCGCGUCAGAAAUUCCGAUAACAUAUAUAGAUGAAAAUAGUUUACCAGAGGAUUCUGUUAUUAUUUUAACGACAGAGGAUAUGGAUGGUCUUAAUUUAGAAGAAGGAAGACAAAUAAUUGUAAAUUCUGUAUCAAGUCAUGAAUAUGUUCCAUGUAAUCUAAAUAUAGAAGAAAAUUCUAAUUACACACAACCAGAAAAAGUUGUCAAAGAUGUCCAAAUGGGAAAAUUCAUUACGAGCAUUGGCUUAAACUGGGUGUAUUAUGAAGGUUAUUUUCCAUUACCUGCAGUCUACUGUCUUGCUUGGAUUAGCCUGGACGUACUUUUUUGUACGGCAAGUAUAAUGCAUCUGUGCACCAUAAGUGUCGACCGUUAUCUCAGCCUACGUUAUCCCAUGAAAUUUGGUCGGAAUAAAACGAGAAGAAGAGUAAUCUUGAAAAUAAUCUUUGUCUGGUUACUCAGCAUCGCCAUGAGUUUACCUCUCAGUUUAAUGUAUUCUAAGGAUCACAAUUCCGUAUUGGUCGACGGUGCCUGUCAAAUCCCAGAUCCUUUGUAUAAGCUGAUUGGUAGCAUAAUCUGCUUCUACAUACCACUGGGUGUAAUGCUACUCACAUAUGCAUUGACGGUGAGACUAUUGGCUAAACAGAGACAGAAUAUUGGUGGAGGUACAGGUUGGUCAUCAGGAUGGUUGGGUGGUCCACAAGGUGCAUCCACGGGAGGUCUGGAGAGGCGUGGAACGUGGAAGAGAUUUCUACUGAAUAAAAAUUCAGCCGGAAGUGGUGGUACUCCUCAGCAUACUUCUGGUACAUCUACCGACACAGAACUCACAACCCUCGACACUCACGAAUUAUGGCUUCCUGAAAGCGACCCGCCACCAUCGGCGAUGUCAGCACUUCACGCUUUCGGUGCUGAAAUGUUAAAAUUAUCUAGAGGAUUGGAAGGUAUAGCCAGUCCUUUAACUCAAACUCCAAUUAGGAUGGGCAGAUCAUCAAUUUCGGGUGCUCAUUAUUCUUCAGGUGGUAUUCAACAACUACAGCAACAGCAACAACAGCAACAAAAACAACGACAGCAACAACAACACCAUAAACAUAAUCAUCAUCAUCAUCAUCAUCACCAUCAUCAUCAUCAUCAUCAUCAUCAUUAUCAUCAUCAUCAGCUUAAUCAGCAACAACAUCGGUCCAGCUUUCGAAACGGCAGUGGGGAUAGCGGAGGAAGUAGUGGAUCGGGUUCAAGGACGAGUUUAUCAAUGGGUCAGGAUGAUUUAAGUUCACCGAUUCCUUGGAAACAUAGGCGUAGAGCAUCAACUUAUAAUGAGGCACACCUUCAACGAGCUGAUUCGAUCUCACCUAAGAUGCCUCGGAAAAGAUCAUUCAGUUUUAACGAGCAAACGACGUUUAGACGAUCCUCCUCGUCAAGGAAAAGCUCGGCGAACGACGAUAACCCCAAAUCGAGGAAAUCUUCAGACAAAUCGGAUAAUGAAAUAACGACAAUACUUUUGCCACCACUUUGCACUUGUCCAUAUUUCGGUGAAUCUUCUAAAAAACAAACCCCACAACCUACCGAAGUUGUAAUCGUAUCGAACGACACCAUGAAACCUAUUUCUGAAAGAACACUCGAGGUGAAUCUUCUUGGUAGAAAGAAUAGUGCGAGAAUCAACGAAAUAAUACCAAUUAAUUCGGUUGUUACUUGGAGGGGUGGAAGACGUGGUUCUAGUUUAGCACAAGGACUCAAUUGGCGUGUUCCAGAUCAACUCCAUUAAAACGAGCUGCAACAAUGCGCGCGCGCAACGGCACAACAACAACAACAACAACAACAACAACAACAAC